GACUGGCACACUUCUUCGUUUCGUCGUCUUUGAUUGAAUUUAUCUCUCUUAUUCUCUCCAAGCUUAAUCACUCUGUCUCUCUCACAGACUACAAAACCCUAUCUGGUUCUGUUGUCAAGAUCAAUCUUUGAAGUUGCUCUCACAUCCACAAAUGGUGAUACCAAAGCGUGGCCAUAGGUUCUUCAAAUUCAGAAUCCAAAUGACCCCCCACUGUCUUUUCCUCUUCUGUUGAAUUCUAGAUUUAUUGAAUCCUUAUCCACUACAACCACUCACAUUUUUCUCAAGAGAGUCCACUGCACCAAUGAUAGCAAAGAUUCUCCUUGUCUACUAAACAUACACAUCCAACACAUCUUUUCAGCUUUUCAAUUUCAUCUAGGAACAGAGAUUUCGUCUGAAUAUUAUUUACAUAUUUGGGACAGAUGAUUGCCAAGAACUACGAGUCUUUGCGUGCGAUUGUCGAAAUGGCUUGGAUUAUGCUCAGUGUGGAUUACUCCAGGCCUUUUUGGUUACUGUUUCGCCUUUUCUCUUAUGAAAAUCACGAAGGAAAGCCUCGGAUUAUAUAGCACUAGUUCAAUCGCGCUUCCAUAGAUUUUAGAGUAUCUGUUUGGUUUCCAAUAGUAUCUAUAUAUCACUCUGUAGAAUUAAUAAUCAGCUGAGAAUCAAUUUCCGGUUGUUAGGGUUUCUAAGCCAUGUACAAGUCACGAUUAGGAGGAUGUGUUGAUGGAACCAAGUCCCAGCUCGUCUAUGUUGAAACUGAUCCCUCUCGUCGCUACGGCCGUUUCAGGGAAAUUCUUGGCAAAGGAGCCACGAAAACAGUCUACAAGGCAUUUGAUGAGAUACUGGGAAUGGAGGUGGCAUGGAACCAAGUGAAUCUUAAGGAUGUCCUUUGUUCACCUGAGGAAUUGCAGCGACUCUACUAUGAGGUUCACCUCCUCAAGACCCUCGAUCACGAGUCCAUCAUGCAGUUCCACACAUCCUGGAUCGAUGUUGAUCGAAGAACUUUCAACUUCAUUACCGAAUUGUUCACCUCUGGCACACUUAGAGAGUACAGAAACAAGUACCAGAGAGUAGACAUUCGUGCAGUUAAAAACUGGGCUAUCCAAAUCCUGCAUGGACUUGUGUAUUUGCAUGCCCAUGACCCUCCUGUCAUACACAGAGAUCUCAAGUGCGAUAACAUCUUUGUUAAUGGCCAUCUGGGUAAGGUCAAGAUAGGUGAUCUGGGCCUGGCAACUAUUCUUCGUGGCUCACGACAAGCCCACAGUGUCAUAGGUACACCCGAAUUCAUGGCUCCAGAAUUAUACGAAGAAGAUUACAAUGAGCUUGUUGACAUAUACUCCUUUGGCAUGUGUUUGUUGGAGAUGCUCACUUGUGAGUACCCCUACAGCGAGUGCUCCAAUCCUGCCCAGAUAUACAAGAAAGUCACAUCAGGAAAGUUACCUUUGGCAUUUUACCAAAUUCAAGAUUCUGAAGCCCAGCGAUUUGUGGCAAAGUGUUUAGCCACUGUUUCGGAGAGGUUGCCUGCCCACGAACUGUUGUUGGAUCCAUUUCUAACAUCAGAUGAAGGGGAGCUGCAGUGCAUCCCUAGAGUCCUUUCUCAAAAGACAAAUUCAUGUAAUGGAACAGUGUUGGAGUCCUCGACUCCUUUGUUGGCAGAUCAAACUAAGACCACAGAUAUGACCAUCACAGGAACCAUGAGCCCUGAAGAUGAUACCAUUUUUCUCAAAGUGCAAAUAUCUGCCAAAGAUGGCCAUAAUAGAAACAUAUACUUUCCCUUUGACGUCAUGAAUGACACUGCAAUUGAUGUUGCAAUGGAGAUGGUAAAGGAAUUGGAAAUCAGUGACUUGGAGCCCUCAGAAAUUGCAGAGAUGAUAGAGCUGGAAAUAUCAUCUUUAAUCCCCACUUGGAAGGAACCAGGCUUCUGUGAUAUUCAUCAUCAGUACAGCUUUAACUGUGAAGAAGAAGACGACGACGACGACGAUGAUGGAACCCAAUAUCCUUUCUACUCUAUCUCCUCACGUUCUUCCUCCUAUGCUUCUCUUAUGGCUUUCGCUGACAACCAGCCUAGUCAUCGAAGCAACACGAUUUGCAGCCAAGAUUGUCCUGAAGAAGAAUUGUCUAUCAACGACGAUGCAAGUUCUGAUAGCUCUCUGAACUCCUUCAAGUACUCCCAUUACAAUUACCAUUCCGUCAACAAUGAUGAUUAUGAUAAUUCUAGUAUCAGAGGAGAAGAGUCUGUUGGUGUUGCAAAGACGCACAAAUCUACAAGAUUCUGUCCUGGAGAUACUUUGAGUGCAAAGCACUAUAAGCAUAACUGCAGUUCGAAAUUGGAUUCCCAGAGAGCUUGUAGCUCAAAUCAACAGCACAAGAUAACAAGGAUACGGUCUAUGGUGGAUCUACGCAGUCAAUUGUUGCACCAAUCAAUAGUGGAUAUGAUAAACAAGAAGCGCCUGUUCAAGACCGUUGGAGCUGUGGAGAAUAUUGGAUUCCAUGAGCCAAGUUAGACUCCUUAGAGCGACGCUUGAUCUUUCCGGCUCCUCUCCCUGAUAAUGAUGAAAAUAUUUGGUAUUUUGAGUGGUGAGGGAUCCUUCCAAACUACUAGUUGUUGAUCAUUCUCAAUUUGUUUUGUGUUGUGUAUGUAAAUAAAGUUUGUAAUGUGUGAAUGUAUGAGCUAUGCAACUUCAAUGUAAAUAAACGUCUCUCACGUUUUGGUGAAAGACUGAAGAGAAGUGCAAGAAUAUGCACUGUUUCCAUGCGUGAAGUGAAA